AUGUGGAAUGAUAUUGAACUGCUAACAAAUGAUGAUACAGGCAGUGGAUACCUAAGUGUUGGUUCAAGAAAAGAACACGGAACCGCUUUAUAUCAAGUAGAUUUACUAGCAAAGAUCUCCUCUGAAAAGGCCUCAUUAAAUCCAAAAAUACAAGCAUGCAGCUUAAGUGAUGGGUUUAUUAUUGUGGCAGAUCAAUCGGUGAUACUGUUGGACAGUAUUUGUCGAUCUCUUCAGUUACAUCUUAUAUUUGAUACUGAAGUGGACGUCGUUGGCCUGUGUCAAGGAGGAAAGUUUCUUUUGGUUGGGGAGAGAAGUGGCAACUUACAUCUUAUUCAUGUAACAUCAAAGCUAACAUUACUCACCAAUGCUUUUGUUCAGAAAGCUAACGAUGAAAAUCAGUGUACUUACCGGAAUCUUGUUAUUGAGAAAGAUAGUUCAAAUGAGGAUACCUAUUAUAUGCUGCUUCUUACAAACAAUGGACUUUUUUGUAUUACGAACCUUCAGCUUGUAAAAAUUCAACAAGCGAUUGAAAAGGCAGACGUCAAUACAGCUAAGAAGUUACAAGGACAAAUCAAGUCCAGCUUUAUUUCUACUGAGAAUUAUCAUACUCUUGGUUGUCUCAAUCUUGUGGCUGGUGAUUUAGCAAGCGAAAUCCCUGUGAUAAUUGGG